CUGAUAUUCGUUAUAGUUCUUUCUAUUUUAAUAUAUUUUACGCUUCGGAAUGAGUGAAUGUGUGUUAAUACUAUGCCUUUCAAUGAAACUUGCCAAGUAAUGGGUGUGCGUAGAUUUCUGAACUUUCUCCUGUGCCCAUCACCAUUACGGUCAAAGAUCUUUCGUUGUGAAUACGAUGUGAAUGUACCAUUUCGGCCAGUUGCAUUUAAAUGGUGUACUAAUAAGAUUGUGCCCAAUUAGUGAGGUCAUCGGUUAAACUAAUUGUCAUGUUUUAGUGUGUUCGUAAGUGUUACGGAAAGAAUCUGUUGACGUCAUUUUAUUUGACUCUCGUGCAACACCGGCAUUUUGAACUGAAGAAGGUUGGGUAUUGAAUUUAGUUAAAAAUGGCGUCAGAUUCGCAAAUGAAGAAUAGGAUGCAAGUUUUCAAGAACAAAGGGAAAGAUCAAGAUGAAAUGAGGAGGAGAAGGAAUGAAGUGACAGUAGAACUCCGUAAAAAUAAAAGGGAGGAAACCUUGCAAAAGCGGAGAAACGUGCCCAUUCCAGAUUCAACAGAUGAGGAAGAAGUAGAUAAACCAGUUACUGCAACAAGUUUGAAGCAAUUAGUUGCUGAAGCAGGAAGUGACAAUCCAGCAAUCCAGCUUAAUGCCGUCCAGUCUGCGCGCAAACUACUGUCAUCAGAUCGAAAUCCUCCUAUCGACUCUCUAAUUGAAAGUGGAAUUCUUCCCAUAUUAGUUCGCUGUUUGGAAUGUCACGAAAACCCAUCUCUUCAAUUUGAGGCUGCAUGGGCGUUGACAAACAUUGCUAGUGGAACAUCUCAGCAGACUCAAGCUGUAGUGACAGCUGGAGCUGUUCCUUUGUUUUUGAAUUUGUUGUUAUCACAGCAUCAGAAUGUUUGUGAACAAGCUGUAUGGGCUUUAGGUAACAUCAUUGGCGAUGGACCUCAGCUGCGUGACUAUGUGAUUAGUCUUGGAGUUGUUCAUCCUCUUUUAACAUUUAUUAAACCGGAGAUACCCAUUAGUUUCCUUAGGAAUGUGACUUGGGUUAUUGUUAACCUUUGUCGAAAUAAAGAUCCUCCUCCUUCUGUUCACACUAUACGGGAGAUUCUCCCUGCACUUAAUAUGCUAAUUCAUCACACAGAUAUUAAUAUUUUGGUGGACACUGUAUGGGCAUUGAGCUAUUUAACUGAUGGAGGGAACGAUCAAAUUCAGAUGGUAAUUGAUAGCGGAGUGGUGCCAAAACUAAUUCCUCUUCUUUCCCACAAGGAAGUGAAGGUUCAGACAGCAGCUCUAAGAGCUGUAGGUAACAUAGUGACAGGCACUGAUGAACAAACGCAGAUAGUGUUAAACUGUGAUGCACUGUCACAUUUUCCUGCUUUACUUACUCAUCAGAAAGAAAAGAUUUGCAAGGAAGCAGUGUGGUUCCUCUCAAACAUCACAGCAGGUAAUCAACAACAGGUUCAAGCUGUCAUUGAUGCAGAACUGUUGCCAAAAAUUAUUGGCAAUUUAACCAAAGGUGAAUUCCAAACCCAGAAGGAGGCUGCUUGGGCCAUCAGUAAUUUGACCAUCAGUGGCAACCGAGAGCAGGUGGCUCGUCUCAUCCAAGAAGGCGUCAUUCCCCCCUUCUGCAAUCUUUUAGAUUGUAAAGAUCCACAAGUUCUUCAGGUUGUUCUGGAUGGCAUUAACAACAUGUUGAAAGUGGCAGGCUCUCAAGUGGAAGCUCUUGCUAACAUGAUUGAAGAGUGUGGAGGUUUGGAUAAAAUUGAAAGCCUGCAGAACCACGAAAACGUUGAAAUUUACAAACUGGCCUAUGACAUUAUAGAACAGUACUUUUCUGAGGAUGUUGAUGAUGAUCCUAAUAUAGUCCCUCAAGCUUCAGAUGCUGGCUUCCAGUUUGACCCCAACACUAGCAUACCUAGUGAAGGUUUUAAAUUUUGAUCAGUGCCAAGUGAAAGAAGCUUUUUGAAACCAAGACAUGUGAAUCUGGCCAGCCUGGUGGCUGUAACUGCUGUACCCAAAAGAACUUCGGGAUAAGAUUGUAGUAAAGGACAUUUAUUAAUAAUCUGUGAAUAUGAAUACAGGGUUGUAUAAAUUACAUGUGAAAUGGAUUAUCUUCAGUUUAUUAACUGAAAUGAAAAAUGAGUUUAAAAGUGAAAGUGGUACAAUAAGUACAGUCAUCACUACAUGCUAGGCAGCAUACAAAAUUAUAGCAAGAGAAUGGCAGUGUUUUUGCCUUUUCCCCCACAUUAAUGAAGCAGCAUGCCAAUGUGUGGUAGGGCUCAUUGUUCAUCUUGCAACAGUGCAUUAAACAUUUAGCUGGCUGCUGGAAUUUCUGCACCAAUUUGACAUAUUCUUUUGUGGGGUGUCAACAGCUAAUCAUGUUACAGCACAAGUGUCUCUUGUUAACUCUAAUUGGUGCUUAUGAAAACUAUUGAAAAAAAAUGUGUCCUGACCAUCAGAGCAAUUUUUGUUCCUUGCUGGGAAUUUUUAUAUGUAAUAUGAAUAUUGACUCGAGCUUUUAGCUCCUUGUGGACUGACUGAAAGCAGUGGCGCAGAACGAUGAAGCAGGAAUAAGCAAGAGGAGAGCUUACCCCUGCAGAUUAGGCUGGUCCAGUCUUGUCAACUUGACCUGAAGUGCACCAGGCAGGACAACUACAGAAAAUGCUCAUGCUUCUAGUUUUCUUUGGUUCUGUGUGACAAUUCAAUUCCUGAACUGAUGUACGUGUCAACACGGACUCAUGUUAAUCCAAAUGUUACUUGUUAACUCAUUUAUUUACUAAUGGCUUCUACACACUAUGGGAUUCAGGAGAUGUUGAGAUGGAGGAACUCUUUUGACUGAACAAGAACUUUCAUUGAUGUUCUUGAACUCCCAACCUGUGUCUCAAUCAUCUUCUUGUACAUCGUGGUGUAGAGGUUGCAGAUGAUGCAAGCUUUGUUGCCAUGCUUGCAGUCCUGUAGCCUCUGACUGAAUCCCACUCAUUGUGAUUUGUGGUUGACUUUUAUUUUUAACUAGGCCCCCACUGGUCAUGAGACCAGCUAUACAAUUAUGUGGAUUUGUAGAUAUUUCAGUUCUUACAGUGGCAACAAAGGCUUUACGGAUGAGAAGAAAAUUGCAGUUUUAUUUAGCCCUAUUCCCUUCUACAGAAUUUAUAUUCUUCUAAUUUAAUUAUUGGCGUUGGAUAAUUGUAUUGCAAAAUAAAUUUUAGG